ACUGUGUUUGUCAGAGGAAACGAAGGCAUGGCUAACAAGUGUGUUAAAUAUGCACCAGACAACAUGAAUAUUGAAUAGGCUGGGCUGUAACUCUUCAACACCCUUUUCUUCUCGUGGUUCCUCGAUGGGGAUGGUUUAUCCAGACAUGGGCUCUCUUUCUCUUGGUCCCAACUAUGGUAUUGUAGGCUCAAGUGUUUCUUCCUCACAGGAUACUUAUGCUUGCAAGGGCUCAGAAAUGGAAAAUGAAAGAGCUUCUUGGGGUUUUCGUUUCAUGGGAAACUGCAAAACAUUGAGCUUUGAGGAAAACCACAGCUCUGAUGUUGUGGAGGGUAAGGGCUCUGAUUGCAGUGAUGGGUUUGGAGAUAAUAAUAGGACCAUUAAUCUCAAUGCCGACUUAAAUGAAGAGAACCCCAGUGAGAAUGCGGUAAGUGGCAAGGAAACAGCUAGUGGGCAGUCAAAGCUUUGUGCCAGAGGCCACUGGAGGCCUGCAGAAGAUACUAAGCUCAAGGAACUUGUUGCUCUUUAUGGCCCUCAGAACUGGAAUCUUAUAGCAGAGAAGUUGGAAGGAAGAUCAGGAAAGAGCUGCCGGCUAAGAUGGUUUAAUCAACUGGACCCUAGGAUCAAUAGAAGAGCUUUUAGUGAAGAAGAAGAAGAGAGAUUAAUGCAAGCUCAUAGACUUUACGGUAACAAGUGGGCAAUGAUAGCUAGGCUGUUCCCUGGAAGAACUGAUAAUGCAGUCAAGAACCAUUGGCAUGUCAUUAUGGCUAGGAAGUAUAGAGAACAAUCGACUGCCUAUAGGAGGCGACAGCUGAAUCAAUCUGUUUAUAGAAGGAUGGAAGAAACUCCAAAGUUUGUCUGCAGAGAUGCAGCCGCAAAAGCAGAACCACCCCUAUACUGUCUCAAUAUUCCCAAUAGAAGAUUUGGCAUAAUCUCCCAAUCUCAGUUUGGAACCUUAAACGAUGCUGAUGGUGGGGUUCAUGGUGGCUCAAAUGUUUCACCCCACCUGACUAACGGGAGACAAGCAAUCUCAAGCGGCGAGUUCCCUUACAAUGUGUUUUAUGCACAACAGGCACCUUUUGAUUUCUUCCCUGGUGUGUCUUCUUUGUAAUCUCCCUACUCCUUUUCACCUCCUACAAGCUUCUUUUAUG